UCAGUACGUUAGGACCAUAGACUGUAUAAAAACCGAUUAGGACACAGGCAUUGGUGUUGUUUUUAAGAUACCAGGCUACAUGAACGCGAAAACAAUGCGGAUUGCUGUUUUUGUUCUGAGCUUUAUUUGGCUCGUCAAUGCGGAGCUGCUUGAGGCUGAUCAAGAUGCUUCUGUGCCUGAGGACUGGAUUCUGGUUGAAAGGGUGGGACCUUUGGAGGAAGUGGAACUUACAUUUGCAUUAAAGCAGCAGAAUGUGAACCAGAUGGAGGAGUUACUGAAAUUAGUGUCAGACCCAGAUUCACAUCAAUAUGGGAAGCAUCUGAGUUUGGAAGAAGUAGCUGCUCUUGUUCGGCCAUCUCAGCUGACCGUGAAAGUAAUGCAGAAUUGGCUCCAGAGUCAUGGGGUCAAAAACUGUCACACAGUUGUAACGCAGGACUUCCUUCAAUGUGUCAUGCCUGUGCAGGUGGCUGAAACAUUGCUCCCUGGCACUAAAUUUCACCGCUACAGGAGAGAUUCACACACUCUGUUGAGGUCAACAUCUCUAUACUCGGUUCAUGAAGAUGUGCAUCAGCAUCUAGACUUUGUGGGUGGUGUGCACCGUUUUCCACCAAAAGGAAAGGAUAUCAGUAAAGGCUGGGAAGGAGCAAGACAAUCAGCAUUAGGCUAUCACUUGGGCGUCACCCCCGCAGUCAUUAGGAGUCGCUACAACCUCACAGCAAAAGAUGUGGGCACUGCCACCAACAACAGUCAGGCAGUGGCACAGUUCUUGGAGCAGUACUACCAUCCCGCUGACUUGGCUGAGUUCAUGAGUCUGUUUGCUAGAGGAUUCACACACAUGUCAGCUGUAGAGCGGGUCGUGGGCACUCAGGGCGGUGGGAAAGCCGGCAUUGAGGCCAGUCUGGAUGUGGAGUACAUCAUGAGCAGUGGAGCAAACAUUUCUACAUGGGUCUUCACAAAUCCAGGUCGUCAUGAGUCUCAGGAGCCGUUCCUUCAGUGGAUGGUGCUGCUUAGCAACAUGUCUGCAGUGCCUUGGGUCCACACUAUCAGCUAUGGAGAUGAUGAGGACAGCCUUUCUGAUGCCUAUAUGAACCGCAUCAACACUGAGUUCAUGAAAGCUGGCCUCAGAGGGAUUUCCAUGCUCUUUGCUUCUGGAGACAGUGGAGCAGGUUGUAGACACUUGUCCAAGGAAAGAAAUACUUUUAGACCGAGUUUUCCUGCAUCCAGUCCCUAUGUGACCACUGUGGGGGGGACCUCUUUCAAGAACCCCUUCAAACUUACCUACGAGGUCACAGAUUACAUCAGUGGAGGUGGCUUUAGUAAUGUGUUUGCAAGGCCAGGUUAUCAGGUUGCUGCUGUUGAAGCGUAUCUGAAGAGUGUUCAGCCUCUACCUCCUCAGACAUAUUUCAACAUCACUGGAAGAGCCUAUCCAGAUCUAGCUGCGCUUUCUGACAACUACUGGGUUGUUACCAACCGUGUACCUGUACCAUGGGUCUCUGGAACUUCGGCAUCAACUCCAGUUGUGGGCGGAAUUCUCUCCCUCAUAAAUGACCAGCGCUUCCUGAAGGGUCUUCCCUCAUUAGGAUUCAUCAACCCACGCCUUUACAAACUGCAAGGCAAAGGUCUUUAUGAUGUAACAGAGGGAUGUCACCUGAGUUGUCUGGAUGAUAAAGUUGAAGGGAAGGGUUUCUGUGCCUCCCCUUCAUGGGAUCCAGUAACGGGAUGGGGAACACCCAAUUAUCCUGCUCUUCUUAAAGCUCUUGUGGAUUGAGCUGCUGCUUAGUCAGAUUGCAAAAGAAAGGUCCACCCUUUUUUUUUUACUCUUAUUUUGGUUUUUAAUUUUUUUGCUGAAUCAUCUAAAUGAUGAUGCAUUGUAUAAUCAUAUCAAGAUAUCAUAGCUGUCAAUCAUUUUCACAAAAUAAUGUUAUUUCUGAACCUUUAAUGACUAGUUGAUUAACCCACCCUACAGUUCUUCUCCCGUCCAACAGGUUAUACGACUUCAGUUCUUUCAGAUGAGGUUGAUUUGUCCUAGAGUUAGAGUAAUGGAUCAGGGUUUUCCAGGUGUACGCUACAACCAUGUUUAAGUGUCUUUGGUGUGACAGAAAAUAUCUAUGAAUUUUAUCUACUUCAUACAAAUAUAUAUAUAUUUCAUUUUUCAAGAGACCAUGUUCAAUGAAGUGCAAUAUUCCAGAAUAAUAAAUUUCAGCUCCUUUUAAAACGCAAUUAAAAUAGAUUGUUAGGAUGUUUCAAGGUUUAAAUGCAGCAUGUGAUGAAACCAGCCUAAUUAUUGAGCAUACUUGAGCUACAUAAACCAACGGCCUGUUUUUGACAUUUUUAAUAGGUUGAUUUCAGACUUCGUGAUGAGAUCCUCAGGGAAUUAAAUAUUGAAUGGAUUUGUUGUUCAGAAACUACGAAGUCGUUGGUAAGACUGAGCAUGUUUUUCUACUAGACGUCUGGUGCACUGAAUGUUGUUUGAGCAACAGGUCCAACUUGUUUUUUUGAAAGAUGCAUUGCCUUCAGGAUCCCUUUGAAAGGUACAUGAAUAUUUUGAAGACUGGUG